UGACGGACACUCCAAUGACACUACUAUAAAUACGCACACAUAAGUCCAUAACACAACAGCUGCGUGAAAAACGAUAAACGAUCAUUUGCAUUCCAGAACCUUCUUUUUCUUCAAUGGCGCCUUCUCCAAUGCACGCUAACGGCGAUAUCUCCGCCGCUAAAACUCCGGUGACGGGGCGUUUAGCGACGGUGUAUAGUGACGUGCAGAACAGUCGUUUGGAUCACUCUCUUCCCCUUCCUAAAGUUAUCAAAAAUCAAUUCGAUGUUGUUGACGGUCCUGCUAGUUCCGCGGCAGGAAAUCCAGAUGAGAUUGCGAAGUUGUUUCCAUGUCUUUACGGACAGCCAUCAGCAUUGUUGGUACCGGCAGAUGGAAGUAAACUAGCAUCUGAGCAGAAGCUGAAGAUUGGUGUGGUAUUGUCCGGUGGCCAAGCUCCUGGAGGACAUAAUGUUAUCUCUGGUAUUUUUGAUUAUUUGCAGGAGCACUGCAAAGGGAGCACAUUGUAUGGCUUCAAAGGUGGACCUGCUGGGAUCAUGAAGUGUAAAUAUGUGACAUUAACCUCAGAAUACAUUUACCCUUACAGAAAUCAGGGUGGAUUUGAUAUGAUUUGCAGUGGUAGAGACAAAAUUGAGACUCAAGAACAGUUUAAGCAAGCUCAAGAAACAGCACAGAAGCUGGAUCUUGAUGGGAUUGUCGUGAUUGGUGGGGAUGACUCAAACACCAAUGCUUGCCUCCUUGCUGAAAACUUUAGGAGUAACAAUUUGAAAACCCGGGUGAUCGGAUGCCCCAAGACAAUUGAUGGUGACUUGAAAUGCAAAGAGGUCCCUACAAGCUUUGGAUUUGAUACUGCAUGCAAGAUAUAUGCUGAGAUGAUUGGAAAUGUCAUGACUGAUGCUCGUUCCACUGGAAAAUAUUAUCAUUUUGUAAGACUGAUGGGACGUGCUGCUUCGCACAUUACCUUGGAGUGUGCUUUACAAACUCAUCCAAAUAUUACUCUUAUUGGAGAAGAGGUGGCCAGCAAAAAGGAGACUCUUAAAAAUGUCACCAACUACAUUGCUGAUGUGAUCUGCAAGCGUGGAGAACUUGGAUAUAACUAUGGUGUGAUACUUAUUCCAGAAGGGCUUAUUGAUUUCAUUCCCGAGGUACAGCAGCUUAUUGCUGAACUAAAUGAAGUUUUGGCCCAUGAAACUGUCGAUGAAGGUGGUCUCUGGAAACAGAAGCUUACAUCUCAAUCUCUGCAACUGUUUGAACUACUACCUACUGCAAUUCAGGAACAACUGAUGCUUGAAAGAGAUCCACAUGGAAAUGUCCAGGUUGCCAAAAUCGAAACAGAGAAAAUGCUUAUUGAGAUGGUUGAAGCUGAAUUGGAGCAGAGGAAGAAAGUGGGAGGAUAUAAGGCUCAGUUUCAAGGACAAUCCCACUUUUUUGGCUAUGAAGGUAGGUGUGGCUUGCCUUCUAUGUUUGAUGCUACAUACUGCUAUGCAUUGGGUUAUGGUGCCGGAGCUCUACUUCACAGCGGAAAGACAGGAUUGAUUUCUUCUGUCGGGAAUUUGGCUGCCCCAGUUGAGGAGUGGACCGUUGGUGGUACUGCAUUGACCUCUUUAAUGGAUGUUGAAAGGAGACAUGGUAAGUUCAAGCCUGUCAUUAAAAAGGCAAUGGUGGAGCUUGAAGCUGCACCAUUCAAAAGUUUUGCAUCCAUGCGUGAAGAGUGGGCUCUUACAAAUCAAUACAUCAGUCCAGGUCCGAUCCAAUUUGUUGGCCCGGAAUCUGACAAAGUUAAUCACACCUUAUUGCUGGAGCUUGGAGUUCAGGCUUAGUUCCUCAUCUAUGCGUAGUUAGAGCCUUGACAGCCUUGACAGAAUCUCGGAGAAACUUGAGGCGGCAGUAUUUUACUCGAAUAAUUAUUUCCGGAGUUUUAAAAACUUUUGUCUUGGUUAGAGAUAUGCUGAUCAGUGAGCAAACAUUAUGAACAGUCUAAUUCUUCAUUAACAAGGACACCGUUUUUAAGGUUUCAAAACA